GGAAACGCAUUCGCUAGUACUCUGUAAACGCUUGUACGGUAUGUCACAGCAGUGAGUAAAAUACCAAGAAUCACUGUGAUAAGGGAAUCAGUCACUGUUCACGAAGCUGCAGUUGAUAUAGAAAACUUUUGCGUUGUUGGAUGAUACCAAAUCGCUGAGGACGCAAGAGAAUGACACGCCGCCUGUGUACCGCUGCUUUCCUGAUGCUCAUGCUGUUGGCAGCUUGCAAUGCCCACCAAAAGAGGUCAAACAUCAGGAGGCAGGGUAAUCUCAAGAAACACCCGACACUGUUAACCAGCAAGACGGCGAAACACGUCAACUUGGGCAGAGCAGCUCUGCUAGGCAGCAGGAGGACAAAGAGCGGAGCAUCAAGCAGUCCAGAACUAGUGACCCUCAAGGCGAUCAAAGUGGCCACAUUCUACUUCGCUAACGACACAGAGGAGCAGCAGCUGAAGGACAGCGGCGCCUACGACAGCAAAUCGGUGUUGCCGUAUGACGUAACAGCGGACGCAGAGAGCCGCAGCCGACUGUUCGUGACGACACCGCCGGUGAGGCGCGGCAUACCGGCCUCCCUGAGCACUGUGCCGUACGACGAGGCUGCUGACGCCCCCCUGACACCCUACCCCAGCCUGGAGCUUCACCGCACCACGGAGGACUCCAUCACCGACUGCCACUCGCAACUGGUGUCCGUUAUCUCCACCACGAAAACAUGGAUGGAUGACGACACGCUGUACGCCCUUGACAGUGGUGUUCUGGACAUCACUACAAGUCCUAAUCACGUCUGUCCACCCAAAAUUGUGGCUUUCAAUCUGCUAACCGAUGAGGUUAAAAGUACAACAGUUAUCGAGAAUUCAGCAUGUAACUCACUGUAUACAGUAAUUGUGGUGGAGGAGUGUCCAGCCGACAGUCUGGUGGCCUACACCGCCGACACGCUGGGCUUCCGGCUGACAGUUACCGACCUCGUCAACGGAGACUCCAAACACCUCCAGAGUCAGUACUUCUACCCCAAGCCCGGAUUCUUCUUCACUAAGGCGGGUGGACCAUCGGUUUUCCUCCCGUAUGGAUUGUGCGGCCUGUCAGCAGAUAACAACUGCAAUGGGAAACUCUACCUGCAGGCCUUCGCUAGCGACAUUCAGGACGUCUUGGACAAGGAGCUCAUCCACAACUCGAGUGACGGGGACGUCUUGGACACCAAAGCACAGUUGGCAUUACCUGGACGACUCUCGGGUCCCAACGGCCCGGUGGCUGUGGACCCAACUGGUCAGCUGGUGUUCUUCUCCAUAGAAAACGACCUGGCCGUCUACUGCUGGAACACAAGCAAGGAACACGAUCCAAAGAACUUCCGUAUCAUCGCUCAAGACGACGAACGUUUACAGUAUAUGAGCAGUCUGAAGAUAGAUCGUGGCUCUCAACGAAUGUAUAUACAAAGCAAUCGGUUUACAAAGUACUUGUCCAAUGCUACCGACUAUUCUGAAGAUAACUAUUACAUUUUGUACAUUCCCAUAGACGAUUUACAAUGUUAAAUCGUCAGAUCAGUCAAUUCAUGUUUCCGGAGGGAACUAAAAGAUAAAUAUCUCUUGUAUUGGCAAACGUAUGUAUCAAUUGCAAAAGGUAACACAGAUAAAGCAGCAUGAAAUUUA